CUUGGGGUUACUGUUGGGAAAGCUCCGAGGUCCUGUGGCCUGACGUCAUGGUUCCGGGUCAGUGCCCUCGUCUCCCUGGGCUGUUCAGGAUCACUCCAGUACGCCCAGGACCGCGUCUCAAGUGCGUGGUCCAAGCGCCCCCAAUCGAGGCCCAGGGCAGGUGGCCCGGUGAUCCGGGGCACGUCACCCAAGGCCAGGACGGGGGUCAGCCUGGUCUACGGAAUCCAAAGCCUGUGAGGCAUCCCCAGGGCUGCAGGGUCAGAGGUUACUGCACUGAGCCCUCCUGCCAAACCGGCCCCAGAGUAACGCCAGUCCGUCCCAUUCACAGGUGCCCAUGAAGCCUGGGAAGGCCUGUGCCAUCUGCCUCAGUGAGCUGUGGACCCCCAGGAGUCAUUCCAAGGGGCUGACCAGUAAACCAUGAAGGUUCUGUUACUGAAAGAGCCAAAGGAUGACGGCUCCGGCCAAGAUCCCUACAUUCAGGAAUUGGGAUCCUGUGGAUUUGAAGCCACUUUGAUCCCCGUUUUAUCGUUUGAGUUUCUGUCUCUGCAGAGUUUCUCUGAGAAGCUGUCGCAUCCAGAGGCUUACGGGGGGCUCAUCUUCACCAGUCCUCGUGCCGUGGAAGCCGUGGAACUUUGCCUGGAGAAGGCCGGCCAGCUUCCAGUCUGGAAAAAGUCUCUGAAAGAAAAAUGGCUCGCCAAGCCGGCGUACGUGGUCGGCCAAGCCACGGCAUCCCUUGUGAGAAAACUUGGCCUGGCUACAGAAGGAGAAAAAUGUGGAAACGGAGAAGAGCCAGGGACGUUGCCCCUUCUGUUUCCUUGUGGGACCCUCAAAGGAGAAGCCCUCCCCAAGAUGCUCCGGCAGAAAGGGGUUCCCAUGGAAAGCAUCACUGUUUACCAGAAGAUCCCACAUCCUGGGAUCCAGGAUGCCCUCCGGAGCUACUUCUCCUCUCAGGGCACUCCAGCGAGCAUCACCUUUUUCAGUCCUUCCGGGCUCAGCCACGGCCUCAGCUACAUUCAGGAGUUCUCUGGGGACAGCUUUAGUCAGAUUAAGUUUGCAGCCAUCGGUCCCACCACAGCCCAAGCCCUGACCAGUGCCGGCCUCCCACUGAUCUGCACGGCCGAGAAGCCCUGCCCCCGCGACCUGGCCGCCGGCCUCCAGAAGGCGCUUCGGCCCUAGAGCCCAGCCUUAGCCUCUGGCCACAUCCACGUGCCUUGAGGUCUGGCACGAGAGCCCACGGCCACAGCCGCUCAGGGGGCCUGACAGCCCAGUCGGCACCAUCCGUCCAGCUGCCCAGAGGUGGGCUGGUUCUGUGCCCAGGGACAAGGGAGGGGGCACGGGCGGAUGAAGGCUCCCAGUGGGGGGAAAUGACCCAUUCCGGGUGCCGGCCCGGCGGCGGCACAAUAAAUGUCUGUCACUGGCAGAAACA